CAAGGUGAGCAAUAGCUCAAAGCUUAGCCAAUGGAGUACUGCCCUACUUGGCUCUUUUGGCUCGGCCUCCUCCUCCCGGCACUUCUAUUUUUCCUUCUUAUCCGGAAGCGCACCAAGCUUCCCCCUCAGCCCCCCGCAUGGCCCGUGAUCGGCAAUAUCCUCGACCUCGGGACCACGCCGCACCAGAACCUCCACAACUUCCGAGCCAAGCACGGGCCUGUGACGUGGUUGAAGCUCGGUUCCGUGAACACCAUGGUGAUCCAAUCAGCUCAGGCCGCCACAGAGUUCUUCAAGGGCCAUGACUUCGCGUUCGCAGACCGCAAGUGUCCCCAUGCAUUGACAGCUCUCAAUUAUGACCAAGGCUCGCUCGCUGUGGGUCGUUACGGUGGCUACUGGCGCGUUCUCAGGCGUCUCUGCUCUGUUGAGUUCCUCGUGACGAAGCGCGUCAACGAGACGGUCCAUCUCAGGCAGAAGUGCGUCGACAACGUGAUCGUGUAUUUAGAGGAAGAAAUGGCGGUUAAACAAGUAACAACAGAACAAGGAAUCGACUUAUCCCACUUCCUCUUUCUCAUGGCAUUUAAUGUGGUGGGUAAUUUGGUGCUCUCACGGGAUCUUUUGGACCCAAAAUCGAAGGACGGGCCUGAGUUCUUUGAUGCCAUGAACCGGUUCAUGGAAUGGGCUGGCAAGCCCAACGUAGCCGACUUCCUGCUGUGGUUGAAAUGGUUGGACCCACAGGGGAUCAAGGCAAGCAUGGCGAAGGACAUGGGUCGAGCCAUGAAGAUUGCUGAAGGUUUUGUAAAAGAGAGGUUGGAGGAGCGAAAGCAAAGGGGAGAGAUGAGAACGACAAAUGACUUCUUGGAUGCGGUAUUGGAUUAUGAGGGCAAUGGAAAAGAAGGCCCUCGCAAAAUCUCUUCCCAGAACAUCAUCAUAAUAAUUCUGGAAAUGUUUUUCGCUGGAUCAGAGACUACAAGCAGCACCAUCGAGUGGGCAAUGGCGGAGCUACUCCACCAACCCGUGUCAAUGAAAAAGGCCAAAGAUGAGAUUAACCAGAUUGUGGGGUUGAACAGAAAACUCGAAGAAAGUGACACGGAAAAAAUGCCGUUUUUGCAAGCUGUGGUGAAGGAAACCCUGAGAUUGCAUCCACCAUUACCUUUGCUUAUCCCACGAAAUGCUAUAAAAGAAACCAAUUUCAUGGGAUUUGAUAUACCCAAAGAUACCCAGGUUUUCGUGAAUGUAUGGGGCAUUGGAAGAUGUUGGAGAAAUCCUCGUGAAGUGUUUUGAAGUUGACAAAACGUUUCUAUCAGUCUAGUCU